AUGGAACUUGGGACCGACUCGACUAUCGUCACGGAAAAGGCGACGGGCUAUGAAGACCAAGAUGCAUGCGACCUCGCGGCCAUGGGCCACGAGCAGGUGCUCACCCGCAAAUUCAGUAUAUGGAGCAUGUUCGCUCUGGCGUUCUGUGUACUAGGCACGUGGUCUACUUUCGCUCAGAAUCUGUCGGACGGUCUGAUCAAUGGUGGCCCGGUCUCGAUUCUAUGGGGGCUUGCUUUGGUCACCUUCUGCAACGCCUGCGUCGCUGUGUCGCUCGGAGAAAUCUGCAGCAGUAUGCCAACCGCGUUGGGACAAGCCUACUGGAUCUCGCAGCUGUGGGAUACACGCUGGGGCCGCUUCAUGUCCUACAUGUGUGCUUGGAUCAAUGUGUUUGGGUGGUGGACUCUCGCCGCCUCGCAGGUGGCGUUCAUGACAGACUUCAUUCUGGGAAUGAAAGUCAUGUUUGACGUGGAAUGGACGGGGUCGCAGACUGGAUGGUUGGAGUUUUGUGUCUAUAUCGGCUUGGUCUUUGCCCUCACCCUCGUCAAUGUUACUGGAUGCCGGAAGGAACAGAUCCUGCCCUGGCUGAAUAACACUGUCGGGGUAUGGUUUGUGGGCUUGUUCGUUGUGUUCGCAUUGGCCCUGCUGAUUUCCGUGGGCACCAGGUCGGGUCUAUCCUUCCAACCGGCGAAUUUUGCCUUUGGAAGUUGGAUCAAUGAAACCGGUUGGCAGGAUGGCGUGGUCUGGUUUAUUGGACUAGUGCAGGCUGCAUAUGGCCUGACAGCCUUUGACGCAGUCAUUCACAUGGUGGAAGAGAUUCCUUCGCCACGACAGAACGCGCCAAAAGUUAUCUAUCUUGCUGUACUAUCCGGAGCCGCCAGUGGCUUUAUCUUCAUGGUGGUCUGCCUCUUUUGCAUUCAGGAUAUCAACAGAGUCAUCAAUUCUCCGACUGGGUUACCUUUUAUCGAGCUUGCCCAGGAAACAAUCGGCUUGGAAGGAGGUGCUGUACUCAUUGCUCUUUUCAUACUCAAUGGUGUCGGACAGGGCGUGAGUAUAUUGACCACCGCAUCUCGUCUAACUUGGGGAUUUGCACGGGACGGCGGGCUCCCCUUCAACCGAUAUCUUUCCCAUAUCGACCCGGUGUGGAAGGCCCCUGUCCGGGCUCUGUGGUUUCAAGGAGUCCUGAUCGCUCUCGUGGGAGUUCUAUUCUUAUUUGCUGAGACUGUCUUGACUGCCAUUCUCAGCGUCAGCACCAUCGCCCUGACCAUCUCCUAUGGUCUGCCAAUCUUGGCCUUGCUCAUCAGGGGACGCAGCCACCUCACCCCUGGUCCGUUUUACCUGGGGAGAUUAGGGGCACCUGCGAAUUGGGUGAGCGUCAUAUACUGCGCCAUUACGACUGUUUUCUUUUUCUUCCCCAGCACCCCCAAACCAUCGGGCUCUGAUAUGAACUACGCCAUUGCCGUCUUUGGCGUGAUGCUCCUGAUUGCCCUGUCGUUCUGGUUUAUUCAGGGAAACAGUAGUUAUAUGAACACGGAGGAGUCACUUUCUUUGAGCCACGGCCGAGAGGUUCAGGAAGAUGCCACCGAUUCUGCGAUGGAGACGACGGCAAAGGACGGAAGCAAGUGACGCCAAGUUUGAUUACGGCGAUGAGGAAUGUACCAACAACGCAUUAUGAUUACUUCAAUGAUGAAACUAGCGAAUAUACCACCUACGUACAAUGAAAACUGC